AUGAAAAUAUGCGGGACAUGUAGUAGUGAAUCCGAAAGCGUCUGGAUGAACGAGGGCUGGGAUCGAUUGGGAAGCUGGCGCAGAGGGCCGUGUGCGACUGAAAUGGCUGGCAGAGGCCAAGUCCGACGCGGUAAACAAAACCGGAGGGGCGUGCUCUCUCGCUCUUUUUCGCUGUUGACGCACAUGACCCCCAAACACAACAACACAUCGAAAAUCGUUCUUUCUUGCGAAACAACAACGCAGAGGGGCCCGCGAGUUUCUUGUUUAGACGCUCAGAUUCCUGGGUACCCGUGAUGCAAAAGUGUUCAAUGGGCGCAAACAGCAAAAUCCAUACUCAUCGGUGCAAAAGUUACGAAAAUUAUGAACUCGGAAGCUUUUUUGUGUCAAGAGUGGAUAUAGUUGCUUAUUCCGAAAAUUCAAUUUUUGAAUUGUUAUUCAAGCUUUGAGAUGUGAAAAAAGUCGAAAUUUUCAAGUAAAAAAAAAAACGGUCAACGGAAACUGUGGGAAAAAAAACAUUAAAAUCGCUUUAUUAGUUUUUUAAAAGCGCAAAACACGUAUAUUUACAUUAAAAACUUCAACUUCACAAAAAUAAAAUUGACGCCGUUUUUAAAAUGAUUCCGUGAAAUAGAAAACUGCCGUAAGGGAAAGAAAAAGGUGACUAACUUUUGAAGUGUCCGAAAAGAUAAUAAUGAACUUUGUAGAGAGCACUUUGAACAUGACUCUAUAUAUUUCUCUAACGAGAAAUAAUUCAACAAAAAAAACAGGAAUGAAAAAAAAUGACGUUUCUGAAAAAGAUACGUCAUUUAGGCGUGAAAUAAAAUGUAUCUGCUGACACAGUGUUUACACUUUGCGUACUUUUUCAAUACUGUAACGCUGUCGUUGGAAAAAAUUCAAACUUUUUUUCCGAAAACUUUGGACUUUGCCUCAAAAAAAAAACAUGUACGCUCCGAAGGAAACAACAAUAGUGAUGAUUGAUCACCUAAUCUAUCACAGCAAAGCGUUCAAACAAAACAUUUCGCACUUAAACAUUCUUUCGGCGGGAAAAAAAACAUCUGAAUGAUUUCAGAUGGAGGAAUCGUGGAACUGUCGAAGCGCCGAGAACAGAACAAAAAGGCUGCCGCCAGAUAUCGUGACAAGCAAAAAUCAAGGUUCAUCCAGCUCAGAGUUUAAUUAAAUCAAUGAAAUUUUCCAGAUGGCAGAAGCUUCUCGAUUCGCGUCAAUUCGAACAGGCGCGAAACUUGAAGUUGAAGAAGCUCGUGGCUGAUUUGGAAAAGCAGACCGCGGCGAUGCGAGAGAAGCUUCUAGGAGAGCUUCACCGUGCUUCCUCCAAUGAAAAAAAGAACUGA